UUCAGCCUUGAACAUAAUUUGGAAGCAGUGUUGUUUCGAAUUCCAGUUCCUGUCGCCUAGCCUAUUCCUCUAUUGACGCCCUUCUUCGCCGCGCAACCAAGCGGCUGCACGACUUGCCAUCGCUCCAAGAUUCCCUUCUGAGGAAUAGUCUCGCGAGACAUGGCUCUUGCGUCAGCUGUCAGCGUCUCAUGCGGCAUCAAGCUGAACUCGUCCGCUUUCCAGAAGCCGUCGGUGGUCGUGGCCGCCAAAACGGCAUUCAUCCCGUCGCCCCUGCCUCGGCCCGCCCCCUCCUGUGCUCGCAUGAACGCCGGAUGCCGCCUCGUUGCAAGAUGCUCCGCUUCCAUUCACGCCGCUAUGGCUGUUUCUCCUUCGGAGCUGGACGUCAUUUCACGGAGCAGCGAGAUCGUUCCCGAUACAAUCGUGGGCGACCAGUUCGAGAGGUUCAAGCCGACUGCAGCGACGGUGUCCUCGUCCCUCAUCCUCGGCAUCUCCUCCUUGGCGGAGGCCAAGUUCGAUGGGGCGAUCAAGAGCGCGUUGGCGUACGGCAAGUGCAUGGUGGCGGCGGAAGACGACAAACUCUCCUGCUUCCUCGAUAAGGCGCUGGUGAACGUGGGCAAGGAGCUCAGCCUCGAUGUGUCCGGGCGUGUGUCCACAGAAGUGGACCCGCGGAUUGCGCACAACACAUCGGCCAUGGUCGAACGGGUGCGCAACCUCGCCGCGCUCUACAGGGAGGUGGACGUGCCUCUGAACCGCGUGCUCUUCAAACUACCCGCCACGUGGGAGGGCAUCGAGGCCGCGCGGCACCUGGAGGCGGAAGGCAUCAAGACGCACGUCACUGGCAUUGGCAGUUUCGCCCAGGCGUCAGCGUGUGCGCAGGCCAACGUCUCAGUCAUUCAGAUCCCCGUCGGGCGAAUCAGGGACUGGGCGCGCACAAACUCGGGCGACAAGGAAGUGGACGAGGCAGCAGCCAAGGGCGAGGACCCCGGAGUCAGACUGGUGCGCCGCGUGUGUGCCUUCAUCUCCCGCAACGGCUUCCCGACCAGAGUGAUGGCUUCCAACAUCCGCAACAAGCAGGACGCCCUCAGCCUCCUCGGCACCGACUACCUGGUGGUUCCGCUCAAGGUGCUGGAGGCUCUGAGAGACUCUCCUGCCUCUGCUGACCUCAAACCCGCUGCGGCAGCAGCUUCGGCCGACAAGGUGAAGCCUUGGGACAUGGCAAGGUUCAUGGCUAAUGUUGGGCCAUGCGCUCGACACUUGCUUCAGGCGGAGAUCGAGUCCGCUGUGGCUCAGACGGAGAAGGUUGAGAAGCACUUCCAGAAGAUCUGGCCGCCUCCGAACGUGUGAAAAGGCUAGAAGGGGUUGGACGCCGCUAGAAGGGCUUUAAGGGAUGGGAAGUCCAUCCUUCUGGGCCAGAAGGGGUGCGUUAGACUAUAACCAUGGGGCUCAACGCUGCCACUGCGUUUUUUCAUGCUUUCCUUCUGUAGAUGAAGAGACAAUUGUGUACAAUGUUUUGUUUGGCUUCGAGGCAUUACAAGGUUUGCUAUUUUCUGUGGUGGAUAAAGGAAUGGAAAAUUUAUGUAAGAAUUAUAGA